AUAUUUCUCCGAGACCCCUUAAACGGGUCAAGUCACACGAUUCAGUAAACGACAGGAUGAGUUAUCGGACGAAGAAGGUUCAUAAUGAAAAGGAAGGAGAUAUUCAUAUGGAAGACGAGUCCGUGGUGGACGACGACUAUGUACAUAUUGAAGCUCCUGAACUGACUUCUAAAAAUCGGCUCCGGUCAGGUAAAGGAGCGAAGAAUGUUAAUCGUUUGUGA